AAGAAAUGAGAUAAAAUCAUAUCUUCGAGGUUGCGAAGAGAAGGAAAAAAACAAAAAAUUGAGUGUAGAAGGUACAAGUAAAACGGGCAAAUCUAUAGUGAAGAUGCAAGGCUAUAUAUAAAUUUACGUAUGCAUAUUGAACGUAUGACGUUCACGAAUGUUCACGAAAGUUUAAGAAGAAUUAAGUGAUUUAACAGCCGUAAUUAAACCGCCGCAGUUUGAUUUUAGAAUCUAGAAAAUUUAACAAAAGAAUACGAAAAGCGUAAAUAUGUCAGAUCCCGAACUUGAAGCAAUACGACAGCAACGUUUGAUGCAGUUGCAAUCCCAAUAUAAGGGUAACAAUGCCGACAAUAAACAAGCGAUGGAGGAAAAGAUGCAACGCAUGGAAGAGAUGAAACAUACUAUAUUGACUCAAGUAUUGGAUCAGUCAGCUAGAGCAAGAUUAAACACACUUUGUCUUGGGAAACCAGAGAAAGGAAAAAUGGUAGAAGAAAUGAUUCUGAAUAUGGCACAAAAUCGUCAACUACCCGGGAAACUUGGAGAGCAACAAUUAAUUAAUUUACUUGAGAGUUUAAAUCAACAAACGCAAAGGAAAACAACUGUCAAAUUUGAUAGAAGAAGAGCAGCUUUGGAUUCAGAUGAUGAUAUGGAUUUGUAGCAAAUGUACAAAUUUUAUAUCCGAUAUGUUACUUUGAUUGGGAAACUUACUCUCAAUUUGUGUAUGCAGUUAAAGGUAACCUUUUACAGUUACAAUACACAUUAUUUUUAUGCUUAGUUGUGUUUUACUUUUAUGCUAUAAAAAUAAAAGUUACUAAUGCCAAUAUGGCAGAUUUUGAUAUAGAUAUAAGAGAAAAUUGUCCAACAUUAUCUCCCAUCUUACGAUAAAAUAUUUCAUAUAUCCUUCUGUAAUAAUAGUAACACGACAGAAAUGUUUAGUUUAUAUUUUUUUUAUUCGAUACAUAUAAAUAUA